AUGACGCAGAUAGAGCUGCAGGUUCAGGCCUCACACCUUUUCUUCAACACAACUUGUGAGCGUCUUCUCUCAGAGGAUCACAGAUUUGAUCACCAGCAGCAAACCGAUAGCAUCCUCCCUGCAGAGCGGCUUCACUUUCUCCAGCUGAAGCUGCAACAGAGGAGGACGAGAGCAGAUCUGAUCAACCAGGGAAUCAUGCCACCACUGAAAAGUUCAGCGGCCUUCCAUGAACAGAGGCGGAGCUUGGAACGAGCUCGGACUGAGGACUAUCUCAAGAGGAAGAUCCGGAGUCGACCGGAGCGAACAGAGCUGAUCAGGAUGCACAUCCUGGAGGAGACGUCCGCGGAGCCGUCGCUGCAGGUCAAGCAGCUGCAGCUGAAGAGAGCUCGACUCGCCGACAACCUGAACGAUAAGAUCUCCCAUCGGCCGGGGCCCAUGGAGCUGAUUCACAAAAACAUCCUGCCUGUUCACUCCAUCAUUAAACAGGCCAUAGAGACACAGUUUCCAAAGGCUGCAGGUGAUAACUCAUCAUGUGACAUGGACAGCAGUGACAGUCUGUCCCCAGAACAGCCAGUAGGACACGAGUCGCCUGCGGCCGUGAGACCCCCGCUCUCUCCACCAGACACGAGAUCUGCCACCCCCUCUCCCACACAGGACCCUCCUUCAGCUCCUCGUCUACCUCUGCUCUCUGGACACCGACCCUCACUGAAGCUGACCAAUGGGGUGACAGCACCAUCUGCCCAGAGGAUGGGUGUGGCCUCUCUGAUCAGGACUAAACCAAACUCUGACCGCUCCGCCCAGAGACACAAGAAACCAAAGGACAACCAUCCAAAGAUAAAGAAGUUAAAGUACCAUCAGUACGUCCCUCCUGACCAGAAGGGAGAGAAAGAGCCUCCUCCUCUACUGGACUCGUCUUAUGCAAAGAUCCUGCAGCAGCAGCAGCUUUUCCUGCAUCUCCAGAUCCUCAGUCAGCAGCAGCAGAACUACAACUACCAGGCCAUCCUGCCGGCUCCACCCAAACCUCAUAAAAAUCUGUCUUCCUCCUCCAACUCCAGGACCACCUCCUCCCCGUCGCCGCCUCUCGCUGCCCCCCCAGCUGCCCCCUCUGUCCAGGGCCGUCACAGCGCUCAGAGUUCAGCUCCUUUCGAUGGGACACAAGCAGGGUCUCUACCUCCAAACCUGGAUGAGAUGAAGGUCGUGGAGCUGAAGUCCCAGCUGAAGCUGCGUAGCUUGCCGGUCUCCGGCACCAAACCCGGCCUCAUCGAGAGGCUGAAGGCGUACCAGGAGCUGAAGGGAGGCAGUGGCACCAACCCCUCUCUGACAGCAGGGGGUAACACAGGGCCGGGGGCGGAAGGAGCAGGAAGAUCCUCCCAUCCUGCUGCAGCCGACCCUGAAAGCACAUCACAGCAGCAACAGAUCCAGAGCUGCCGGGCAUCCUCCCUGACGAGUCAGCGAGCCGCUCCUCAGCAGCUUGUGACCUCCAGUUGUUCGGUGUCACCACCACCCGUCUCCGUCAGCCUCUCUGACCGCCUGCCGGCCUCCAGCAGUCCAGAGGAGUCCAGCGUCAGCAAUGGUGCUUUCGAGGAAAUGAUGAGGUCACCUCUCUCCCAGUCGGGUCUUCAGCCAUCUUCAGCUCCUCACCUUCCAAAGACUAUUAAACAAGAGUUCCCAUUUUCCGCCCCAGCUCCGUGUCGGUUCUCUCUAAAGCCAGCCUCUCUGCAGAAACACCGCCCGCUCCCAUCAGCUGUCCCCACAGCUCCAGUACGGACUCUGGACAAAGACCAGAUGCUGAAGGAGAAAGACCAGCAGAUACAGGAGUUGACCAGGAUGCUGAGGUCGACCCAGAGGCUGGUGGAGGUGCUGAGGAUGCAGCUGGAGCAGAGGAACCGAGGAGCACAGGUUUGUGAGCCCGUGGUUCUUCUAAGAGUAAAACAAGAACCUCCUGAUAAGCCUGGUGUCCAUCCUCCAUUCCCCCCUCCCACUUCAUGUGACACUAAAGUCACAGUCAAACAGGAAGCCCCUGAGACGGAGGAAGUGCAAUCCCUAGACUCCCGUGGAUCUUACUUGCGACCUCAGGGAGCACAGGAGCAAACUCAGCUGCACACGGAGCCACAGAACAAACAGGAGCAUCGUGAUAGUCUGCAGCAGAACGCUCUGCAGCUGGCCCAGCGGCACGUCGUGCACAGACUCCUGCUGCGGCAGCAAAACAUCCACAACUGUCACCAGGCGCUGGAGAAUCCACAGAAAGUUUCUCUGCAGAAAAAGAAGAAAUCUCACAAACAGCAGCAGAAGCAACAGACAAAACUAAAUCAACAGACUCUAGUGAAACAACAACUGAAGCCGCUGUUGCAGCAGCAGCAGCAAAUCCAGAUACACUCCAAGAUACAUGUGAAGCAACAACAGGUGCUAAUACCAAAGAAACAACAGGUGCAGCAGCAGGCUCCACAGGUGCCUCAAGGAUCGGCCCUCUCUCUCCCGACCUGGUCAGACUCCACCGCGGCCCUGGUCACAGACGGGGAAGGAAACCACUUCCUGAUCGCACUGAGCAAUCGCAUCACUGAGGCACCCGAGGGAAAAGCGACCAAUCACAUCACCCUCCAGGUAGAGAACAGAGGACCUCAUGUGUCAGGGGACCGACCACAGCAGGGAGCCGCUCAGUGUGUGUCUGCCCCCCCCAGUCUGCAGCCUCUCUUCCAGAACCAGGAGGCCGCUCCCUCGGGGGAAAACAUCCCAUCACCUUCCUCUCACACUCUCAGCUCCAGUCUGGAUGUUUUAUUUAGUCGUCUGUCUCCAGCUCCUGUUCAGACGGCCGCCUCCUCGCCGGAUGACAAGCCUACAGAGCAUGAAGAUGAUUUUAUCGACAUCAUCUUGCAGGCAGGAGAGAAGUUGACCUCCUUCAACACGGCACCAGACUCGUCCCUCGACCGUCUCAGUCCAAACUCCCCAGCCUCCUCCCCCUCUGCCUCCCCAUUCCACCUGAUGCUAUCUCCCCCCGUCGCUCCCAGCUGUGACACCCCCCCGCCCUCAGUCUCAGCUGGCUCCGAGCUUCAGACUCUGGUCGACGCCGCAGGAGAGGAGCCGCACUUCGGUGACACCGGGGGCGGACGCCUGGAGGACUUCCUGGAGAGCACCACGGGCAGGCCUCUCCUGGGGGUGGAGCCUGGAGGCCUGCUGACGCUGAUCGACGACCUCCACAGCCAAAUGCUGUGCACCCCCAGCAUCCUGGACCCGCCCCCGUCUCCCAUGGACACCUUCGACAUGGCCCCGGAGGAGGGGCGCGGCCUGGACAGUAUGGAUUGGUUGGACCUCACGAUGGGGGGGGAAACGGAGGAGGAAAGCACCUCGCUCACCCCGCUCGGCCCCCACACUCCCCCUAGUAUCUUCUCCACAGACUUCCUGGACGGUUGUGACCUGCAGAUACACUGGGACUCCUGCCUGUAGCAUGUAUGAGCAGCAUCAGCACACAGACACACACAUGGAGCUGAUGCCAGGCUUCAGUUUUUGAUGAGAGCACUUUCCUCUGCAUCUUUACACACGUUUGCUUUAUUGAACCCCUCCAGCACUUUGACCUGUAUUUAACUCACACACUGAAGUAUUGACUGCAUACAAAUAUUAGGCAGGUCCUACAUAUGUACUCACUUACAUAGUAUAUCUACUUAGAUAUAGAUCUGGACCCAAUCUGUGAUGAGGCUCUUUAAACUGGGUCAUGUACCUACAGACGAAUCUACCUGAGGACACAGGCGCCAUGUUGAUGUGGAAAGGUCAAUCGGUUUAUUUGACCUUUGUCUAAUUAGAAUGCAAACUCGUCCUUCGCUGCCUUUCGUAGUAAAGAUAAUCCAUAUUUGACCACUGCAGGAGAAAGAUACAGGUAAUCGAUGAGACUGAUUUCCCAGCAACACAACUGUGUAAAUAGGUUGUUUGUAGACAAGCUGCCCUCCAGAAUUUAAAAAUAUUUAAAAACAUAUGAACAGUGGGAGAAAUUUAGCUAAUUAAUUGAUUUGGGGUCAUUCUGAAGGACAAAAGAGUAUUUAAAGAAGUGAUCUAAUCAGAGUUUGUGUUUCAUUCACAACACAACUUCCUCCACACAACCCUUAUGCAAAAGGUUUUAUGCAGCUGUCACCAGUGAAUCAGGUCCUGAGGUGAGGGAUGGGAACUCUCUAUUUGCAGAAUUACAGAGAGAACAUCACAUUGAUAUUUAAAAUAUUGGGGUGUUUUCAGAGUAUUUGUCAGAGAAGGGUCCUUUAAUAUGUCACGUGAAGCCAACCGUCUUAAUUUCUCAAUUGACGUUAUUCUCCUGUAUUCUAUGAACCUUAUAAACACGUGCGCACAUUUCGAAUUUAUAUAUUUUAUGUAUGAAUGUCUUUGCUAUGACGACCUCUGAAUGUAAACUUGUGGGACUAAGGUUUGUGCACCUGAUGUAGAAUCUGCAUCUAUAUUCACAACACUGUGUGUUACUGCUUUAGAGCCUCACUGUCGUUUCUCUGCCGUUCUGUUUGCACUUAAUAAUCAAACAGUGUCAUAUCAAAGGGAAGGGACUGAAUACAGUUGGAUAAAAUGCCUUCAUAUUAAGGUAUUUGUCAUAUUUUUUGUUUUCAUGGUGAUAACUGGCUGUCCUGUACUGUAUCAGUACUGUGGCCACUGAGGGUUUUAUUUCCCUCUGAGAUUUUACACUGAUGUUUAGGCACUAAAGAUUUAUUAUAAGACACAUUUGUUUGUAUAGUUUUUUUUAAAUCUAUACAGCAGAGUGUAACACUCUGUGUAUAGAUGGCGUGAACUGUGACUACUUGUAUAUAUCUUUUAGACGCAGCUAACAUGCUUUAGCCUCUUGAACAUGUUCUCUCAAAUGUGCCUUUAGAGAAUUUAUUCAGUUGUCACUUGGACUCAAAGAGGAAAUGAUUAGAUUUCAUUAGGCCAAGGUCAAAGGUCAUACACAGUCAGUCAAAAUAUGGUAAAUUAAACUGCUGGUUGUUGGAUGGGAGGCAUACAACCUCAGGGCAGUGAUUAUAUCAUCAUAUGAUCACACACUGGUUGUUACUGGUUUUGUGAACCUGUAAUAAAUGGCUGUUUUACAGAUCUACUGAUUGAAAUGAUAAUGAGACUGUGACGUCUUGGAACUGGCGAUUAAGCAAGACAUUUUUUUGAUUUAU